UAAAAUGUGGUGGUGCGGUGUAAUAUGUAUAAACGAUUUUGUACGAGAUUAAUAUUUACGCUACUUAUGCAGUCGUCGUUAUCUUUAAACAGUUACAAUAGUACCUCUUAUACUUUAUAUUUUAACGACAUGAGUGACAGUUCAAAUGACAAAAAUAGUAGUAACUCUUCAGAGGCGAAUCUAGAAAAUGGGAAUUAUAGUAAUAUUUUGAAAAGUGACUGUAUAGAACCUGGCUCUGAAAAACUUUGUUCUGGCCAUGGGAACUGUGAGGGUGGCACUUGCAAUUGUGAUAGCUUGAAAUCUCAAGCAAAUGAUACCGAAUCUUUAUACGAAUAUUCUGGAAAAUUCUGUGAAGAAUGUCCCUACUGCAAGGGGCAAAGAUGUCAAAAAUUGUUUCACUGCGUGGAAUACAUUUUACGAAAUUUGAGUGGCGAAAGUCAAUGCUAUAUUUAUUAUAAUUUAAUUGAUGAUAUAGAAUUAAAUUACAACGAUAAGUUAUGUCAAGUUGAAGACAGGAACAGAUGUAUGAUAGAGUUUAAAUAUUUUUACGAUGACAAUAACAAUGUAUUCAUAGAUAUAGUGAAGGAGAUAAAAUGUCUGAAUGGAAGAAAGUUUAUUGUGUUGUGCUGGUGUGUUUUUGUAAUUUAUAUAGUUGCACUUAUGACACUUUUCAAAGUAUUGUGAUAUAUAGGUAACUCUAUAUGAGUACACUUUUGUAAUAUAAUUUUAAAAUAAA